CGGGUUUCAUUGGCUGAAAGGCAAGCAGUUACAGAUCCGGCUCGCUUGCCUCUAUCUGUGUCCCUGUCUGUCAGAUCCCACAUUUUCUUCUUACGUGUUGUUUUGAUGAUUCACACAUCCCACCCCCUUACGGUGAAGCAUCAGUAGUACGGUGGCAUGGAGCCUGGUGAUUUACUUAAUUUAUAAUAGCAAUCAGUGCGUAAUGGCAGCAGUGACGGUUCCGCCAACACUAAUAUGACGGCAGUGCAAGUGAACAUUACAUAUAAGGGCUGACAGAGUACCCCUUCUGCAUUCCGUAUGUCUGCUAGCCAUGACUGAGGUACAGGGCACACGAAGACAGCUUAUUUCAAACAGCAGCAUACUGCCACCAGCCUAUGCAGUGCGGCAUUCCUAGGGGCCACAACAGCAGGUACUCAAAUACCCUCCGUGGGCCGAAGAAAAUGUUAUAUACUGACUUAGAGCAGAUACCGUGUGAGAAGCUGAAGAUGAGCAAAUGAAAAAGUAAAAAGACAGAGGGCACCUUCAAACCGUUUUUUUCUGGUGUAGAAAGAAAACACGGUGUAACUGUUUAUCCAAAAAGGAGUAGAAUGGCGAGUCCUCCAAUAAUUGGAAUUCCGCUACAACUCUCUUCUGCAGUGAAGGAAAAUAAUAACAACGUGAAGAAAUACGGCUACCUGAAGAAACAAAAACACGGACACAAGAGGUUUUUCGUGCUGAAGGAGCAAGGUGAGGGCUGCCCGUCCAGGUUAGAAUAUUACGAAAGUGAAAAGAAAUGGAAAAACAAAUCGGUGCCUAAGAGGGUGAUCUGUUUAGACUCCUGUCUGAAUAUUAACAAGAGAGCAGACGCUAAAAACAAAUACCUGAUCGCCCUCUACACCAAGGACGAGUAUUUUGCCGUUGUUGCUGAAAAUGAGCUGGAGCAGGAGAGCUGGUAUGAGGCUCUCACGGAUUUAAUGAACGAAGGGAAAGUCUCUGAAGGAAACUGCCUUUCAUCGGGGUCUUUAUCGGGGGCAGAAGAUAUCAAUUAUGGAUUGAUCACGCCUGCCAGUGCUGUGUAUAAAGAGGUUUGGCAAGUCAACUUAAAACCCAAAGGGCUGGGACAGAGUAAGAACCUAAUGGGGGUCUACAGACUGUGUCUGUCGAGCAGGAGUAUUAGUUUUGUGAAACUGAAUUCAGAGGUCCCUUCUGUAAGCCUGCAGCUCAUGAACAUCAGGAGAUGUGGACAUUCCGAUAAUUUCUUUUUUAUUGAGGUAGGUAGAUCUGCCUCCACGGGUCCUGGUGAGUUAUGGAUGCAGGCGGAUGACUCAGUAGUAGCACAGAAUAUCCAUGAAACUAUUUUAGAGGCCAUGAAGGCAAUGAAAGAAUUGUCUGAAUUUAGACCAAGAAGUAAAAGCCAGUCAUCGGGGUCCAUUCCAAUUUCUGUACCCAGCAGGAGACAUUUAAAUAAUCUGCCACCAAGUCAGACUGGUUUGCAGAGGAGGUCUAGAACAGACAGCAUGGCAGCUACUUCACCUGCUAACAAAUUUACUUCAUGUCGUGUAAGAACAGCAAGUGAAGGGGAUGGGACUAUGGCAAGACCCAUGUCUGUGACAGGAAGCCCUAGUGCAGUGAGGACACAUCUUAGUCGUUCUAAUACUGUUAUCACAAGACAUUCAAGAGUAAUGCAUAACAUUUCAUUGCAGCACAACAGGUCAGUGUCUAUGCCGGUGCCAUAUUCUCCACCUUCUGCAAUGAGUCCUGUGAGCUUGUCAUCAAGCAGUGGUCAUGGGUCCACAUUAGAUGCUAUUCAGCGGCUGUCUAGUGGUAGUGCUUCUAUUUCAGGAUCUCCUAGUGAUGCUAGUUUUAUGUCCUUUGAUGAAUAUGGUUCAAGUCCUGGAGAUAUUAGGCAUUUCAAUGGAAAUGGAAACAACACCCCAGAAUCAACAGCGGAAACUCCACCUGUUCAAGAAGGCCGUAAUUUAUAUGGAUACAUGGCAAUGGAAAAAGCAUCUAUUCAAUGUAACAAAUAUGCUUUGAGAGCACCUAGAGAGGAGUGUCUUGAGUCUGACAAAGGAUGCAGAAAGAGAACAUACUCUUUAACAACACCUUCAAAACAAAAAACAACACCACAGGUGUCUUCUACAUCAUUGGAUGAGUACACAUUAAUGAGAGCAACCACCACAGGAAGUUCAAGGCAUGCAUGUUGUACCAUUUCUCCAAAAAGUCCAUACAAUCCUUAUCCAGAAGAUUAUGUAGACAUUACUGUUGGAUCACAAAAGAAUUCUAACAGUGAUCUUCAUGAUGAUGGUUACAUGCCAAUGAUGCCAGGUGUUACACCAACAUUUCCACCAACUCCAGCUAAUGACUACAUGCCUAUGAACUUGACAAGUGUUUCUGCCCCAAAACAGAUCAUUAAUCCCAGAAUACAUUCUCAGGCAAAGGGAAAUAUCUGCAAGGCUAAUGCUUCUUGUGGCAGCAGUUCUCCUGAUGAGAGUGGAUACAUGAAGAUGUGGUGUGCUUCAAAGCUCUCAGGAGAAAGCUCUGAAGGCAGGUUACCAAAUGGGGACUAUAUUAAUAUUUCUCCUCAGAUUAACCACUGUGCCUCAUUAACACCUCCAGAUUAUUUUUUUAAUCCUGGUAACAGUGAGCCCAUCAAGUCAAACUAUUCAUUUAACUCAUUGCCUCGGUCAUACAAGACAUGUUCUCAGAAAAAUGGAGACAGUCAGUAUGUUUUGAUGAAUUCACCUGGUCAGAGAAUAAUAGAAGAACCAAUUGAUAAUUGUAAGUCUCCUGAUUGUUUAGUGUCAUGCCUGUCAGCAAUUUCACCCAUACGACAUACAAAAACAGAUGGUGGUGUUCACAGAAGCAAAGCUGCUAGGCCAACACGACUUUCAUUAGAUGUGUGUAGAACUUUGCCAAGUAUGAAUGAACAUCCUUUACCACCUGAACCACAAAGCCCUGGUGAAUACAUUAAUAUAGAUUUUGGUGAAAGUACAAGGUAUUCACCUCCAGUUUCAACUGAAAGUCCUGCAUCAUCUUUAGGUUCUGUAAAUGGUCAGAGGCAGUCUCCAUUGUCUGACUAUAUAAACAUUGACCUUUGUUUGCAGUCUCCCAAGUCUGGUAUUCUACCUCAUGGCUCUUUGGAUGCAGUAUCACCUCUAUCUUGUACUGGAAAAAAUCAAACAGAUUCAUUGUACACAAAAGUACCCUCAGUCAGUGCAUGCAUAUCAAAUCAGACUGAGGAGGAUUACACGGAAAUGACAUUUGGGCUUCCCACAACACCUCCACAACCAAUUUCACAGAAAUCAGAACCUGUACAAGUAACAAGCCCUACUUCUGGAGUGAAACGAUUGACACUGAUUGAUCAAAUACCUGAUAUUGAGGCAUUUAAGCUUUCAAGCCCACCACCGGACCCUAAUCGAGGAGCUAAAGUUAUCCGUGCUGAUCCUCAAGGACGAAGACGUCACAGCUCAGAAACCUUCUCUUCCACCACCACUGUGACACCUGUAUCGCCAUCUUUUGCACAUGACCCAAAAAGACACAACUCUGCUUCUGUAGAAAAUGUUUCUCUCAGGAAAAAUGAGGGCUUAGAAGAAGGUUAUGGUAGUCCAAUGAGUCGGGAGACAUCAGCUGGUUUUCAGAACGGACUAAAUUACAUUGCCUUAGACCUGAUGGAUGAAACCAUUGGUUGUUGUGACCAAAUUGCACGAUCCCGACUGAGGCAUAGUUUAAAAGGAUGUAUAAGUGAAGUUGAUUCCAGUGCUUACUCCACCUUGGAUUUUUUGUCUCAAAAUUUACAAGAAGCUCUUAUUGUUAAAGAAUGAAGGAAUUGAAUUGAUUACUGGGACGUUACAUCCUCUUGUAAUAAAAAGUACUGAACAACGUUUAUCAGGCUGCUCAAUAUGUAAUUUAUAAGAAGCUGCUCCAUGUUUACUUUUCUUGAAGAGGAAAUCAGUAUCAAAGAUGGUUUUCGCACUGUGUCAUACAACAGGUCUGCAAGAAUGGGAACACAUGCUGUUUCAGUUAAUUCUAAAACAGUUUCUGUCCUGCUGCUCUCCAACAUUCAUCACUGAACUACUCUUUUACAUGGUAAAUUAUACUUUGUUUUGUAACCUAGUUUGCCUUUAUUUCACGGGCUCCAAGGCCAUUGCCUUCAUCUGCUUUUAGGACUACAGACCUACAGGUGAACUGCAGUCAUCUUCAGGUCAUGACAUUCUGGUAAUGCCUGCCAUAAAAGUAAAGUCUGCUGUUACUGGAACCUUUUUGAUUGACUGAUAGUCCUACCUCAGUUUGAGAUACAGCCAGGUUUUUAAGAAGUUCAGGGCAUUCUUUAUUUGAAUGCUGACUGCUGGAUGUCAAGUCUUAAUCCUUAUAAAGCUGAUCCUCAAGGUUAAAAUGCCGCUUAGAUUAAACAUACGACAUGCUGCUUGACUGUGAUGGGAUAUGAUAUAUAUUAACAAUUAUCUGAACAGUCUGUAGGCAGAAACAUUAAACAAGAAACAUUUAAGUUUACAGUUCAGAUUGCAUACCUUAUCCCUAUCCAGUUUUAUCAAAAAAAUGACACUUUAGCAGAUCUUUUUGCAAAGUUCAUCAGUUUACACUUUUUGCCAGUGAAAUGUUUAGUGAAAACCCACUAACAGAGUAUGUUAAAUGACUAGUACUACUGAAGAAAAUACAUGUAUCCUCUCUCACUGUGCCUCAGUUUUGUAUGUUGCUUAAGACAUAUGAAUAACAAGUACGUAUACAGGAGUUAAAUGAUUAAAAAAUGUAAUACACAGCAGCUUGUUCUACCUGAUGACAUAGGGGAUUAUUACUGUUCCUGCAUAUCAGUGAAAAAUGAUUUGGUCGAACAUUUGUUGUUUAAGAUGUUUUAAACAUUCUUUGGUAUUGCUUUCUGUCUGCCAUUUUGACAAGGCCUACAGUAUUUAUUGAGAAAAAUGAUGGUUACAAUUUCUGCUUGUGUAGUGUACAAGGACUUCACUGUAGCAGCUGGAAAAUCAGGCUGUCUAUUACCCUAGCUGUGUUGGCUGUACACUGAAUUAAGGUGCCUGUGAAGUUUGUGAACACUGAAUUCCUUAAACUAUUUAAUUCUAGAAGGAGAGUGUGUACUGUAAACAAUGUACAUGUAAAUAUAUUUAUCUUUUAGAAGGAAAAUUAGAAGCAAGUCAAUGUCUUACUGAUUAAUGUUACAGCAGCAAAAGUCUUCCUGCUACAUUUAUUACAUCUAUUUUGGGAUAGCGCAUUGUAUUAUAAGACAAACAUGAAUGUACUAUACUCUGUAAUGUAAUUUCUUUGAGUCUUCGUUUCAACACAACAAUGCAAUGGCAAAAUAAUAUUUGUUAAAUUCCGUUCAGUAUUUUGCCUAAUCUUGUAUACACUGUACAAAGAAAUUUUUAGGAAAUGUUAUUUACAGUUUGAAAUAAGGUACUGGAUAUUUGAAACAUAGAAAAUAUUUUGUAAUAGAUUGCUACAUUACAUUCAGGAUGAAAUAACUUGGCUUCUUUAGAAAUUCCUCUUGCAUAGACUGUAUGUCCCUAUCAUCAUAAAAAAUGGUUACUAAUACUGUAAGAUUAAAACAAACUUGUUAAGUAAUACAGUCAAUAUAAUGUACGUUUCACAGAAUGCAUAUGCAAUAUUUACUUUAUUAACUUAGUUUACAGAACAGAACCAAAAUUUAUAAAUUCACAAUGUUUUGUUUGCAGAAAAGAAAGAAAGAGAGAGAAAAAAAUUAUCAUGGUGUAAAUUUACUUUUUAUACAUUUUGCCUGACUUGUACAUUUAACUAUUUUCACUAUAUCAAUCUUAACAGAUGCUAAGCAGUGUUUUAUUUGGGGAUAUAUCUUUAUAUGUAUAUAUGUAUUGUUUAUUGAUGUUAAAAUAUUAAAUAUUAUAUUUCUUGCUAUUGUGAUAUGACAAGAGAAAUAACUUAUCUUGCUUUGACUUCCAGUGUACAUGACAUAUAUGCACAUUCUCAUGCACAGGCACACGUUUGUGUAUGUAUGCGUAUGUAUUAUAUGUAAUGGCACUGGGAAAAAAACUGAAGUAGGAUAGUGCUUUGUAUUUAGUCUGUAAUAAUUAUGGAUACGCUCUUGAUAGCCAUAUGCAAUAAAUUAAAUUAUUUAUGAAAAGGAACAACCUUUUUAUGUGUUGCAUUUUGCACCACUGUUUCUUGUUUGCAGAUUCCUUUUGGAAAAUCAAAGAUGAAUGUCACUUUAAUUCACUCAAGUUAAGUUCUAAUCUUUGUUGGAAAAACAAAAUAUGUUUUAUGUUUGAAGUCAAAAUCCUUAAUAUAUUUGGACAAACCUUUUAAAAUAACAUCAGAAUGUUUUUUUAAUGAAUUGGGUGCAUCUUCCUAGUAAACACUUUCAAAUAAAUGUAUUUUGGAACAAGUAAA